AUGUGGGCCGCCAGGCGAUUUUUGUCAUUGGUCGCGCAGAGAAGUCAGUAUGCAGGACAGUCUGGUUUAUUCCGUCGCCCUAGACACGACUCCCUCCCGGAUCUGGAGCUGCGGUAUCUCCAGUGCACAUGCUGCUGGAGAAGCCAGGUUCCUGUAGCCGGCUUUGAGACCCUGAACGCCACCCUCUCCUCUGCUUCUGAGCCCUGCAAGGAAGACAGCAACAGAACUCUGGACGCCUGCUACACCACUGAGCAACGAGGCGUCAUCCUCCAGGUGCUCAACAACGCCUCGCCGUCAGAUCUGGCCGACGUCAAGCUCCUCAGAGGACGCAAGUCGCUCAACAUUGUGGAAUACAGGACCAAAAACGGGCCCUUUAAAACUCUGGAAAGUGUGGUGAACGUACCGCUGCUGAAGCACAAAAGUGCUGUCAAAAUCUUCAACUCCAUCCUCAACCCGGUUAAGAAGGAGAGGAAAGUGAGGAUACAGCUGGCCAAGUUCAUCAGGCCAGAGAUUGACAGGUCCUGGUUGGAGGAUGCCAAUUCCAUAGUGUCAUUAACAUGUGGGACUAAUAAAAUUGCCUGGGCACAUGUGGAACGUGGGAUGACAUUGCUGGAUUGGCAACAGAUGGAGUGUCCUAAUUUCCUGAGGGGAACAUACAUGGCCUCUGCUUACUUGAAUGAUGUUUCUGCAGCCGUGUCACUCCUCCCUUCUGCUGACUUCUACAUUAUAGAGAAAUCCUCAAUCUCAGUCCAUAAUACUGCACUGUUCCCCAUCAUGGCACAUAUGAGGGUAGUGGAGGCUAUGCUGUUUGCUCUGCUGGAGCCUAAAAACGUAAUGCCAGAGGCUAACAUUCCUCCCAGAGUUUUGAACAUGAUGCGAAUUGCUGUGGGACGCCAUUUUGGACUAAUGGUGGGCGAGUGCCGGACGAGCGGGGCACAGACUGUGCGACGGCUGAUGACUGAGUCGGUGACACAGAAGCUUCCCAGGAUAAACUUUCCGCCGGACCUGCUGGUCAAGUACAGGAACUCGUUCCAGAUGGGGAGCAAAAGAGGAGGAGAGGAACUCUGUGAUGCCCUUCUUCAGGCUGUGGCUUUUUACGAGCUGCUCAGUGAAUCGUCCAGUUAGUUACCACCUGGUCUGAUCUCAUACCCUGAGCAUGCGAUGCACCCACUACAACAAACCUCCUGAGUGGCAUUCUGAGCCUUUUUGAACCCAUGAACAGAUAUGGUGGUAGUUGAUGGCAUAUUUAAAGUACUGAAUAUUCUUAUGGUUACACAAAACUGUUGGAAUACUGUUUUUUCAGGAUGCUGAACGGUUGCUACGGUGUUUUGUUAUUUCUGCCGUCGUAUCUUGUUCGAUUUGGAUACUUGCACAAACAUUGCUGUCUGCCAUCCUCUGCUGUCUGAUGACUUUCAUCCAAGUUGGUUUUCUUUAUGCAGCAACUGGAUGUGAACAACCAUAAUACUUUGCGAUCAUUAAAAAGGGUUUUACAAGAUCAGGCUAAUAUACAAAAAUAAAAUGUUUUUAUUUACUCUU